ACCAUCCUUUAAGUGUUUUCUGGUUUCUAGAGAAAUUUCUAGAGAUAUAUCCUCAGUAUUCAGUCUCGGCAGCUUGUGGAAACAAGUUUUAAAAAAAUAUUUUCAAAUUACAAAUAGUAGAAAAUCACUGAAAAAGUGUGUCCCUGAAAAAUAAAAUCAAGGAAAAAUAGCUUGGAGUAUCAAGAUAAAUAUUUUCAGAUUUAAAAUCGUAGAAAACUCAUAAUGGAUACUCAGGAAAGUAUUGAAAGUUUUGCCGAUCUGAUUUGCUGCAAGAGCCGCUCCAAGGAGCUGCAGCUCCCGGAGGUGAAACGCAUCAAGGACAUACGCGAGUUCAUGGCCAACAAGAAGAGUACCAAGGGCGGCUUCGAUGGGUUAAUAGAUCGCAUGAACGCCAAUUUCAGUCAAUGCGAUGAUGUCUUGAAAGUGUUAAAGGAAAAGCUUAACUUGAAACUAGCUUCACUCCGCAAAGUUAAGCAGGAUAUGAUGGAGUUGAACCGUGAUUUGAAGACGAACGGUGCCACCAAGAAGUACGUCACCGAGAAGACCAAGAUUACUGUCCGUUUCAUGGACGAAGUGGACGUCCUCCAGCUAGAUAUUCCUUCUUCCCUGGAGCGUUAUAACAAUAAAAUAGACUCCUUGUUCAAUGAGAUCCUAGGUCUGGAUGGAGACAUCGACUAUGUCAACUUCUUGACGGGAAUAGCCCGGUUGAAUGUCAACUAUGUCCAGGAAUGGAUCAAGAUGGAACAGGCCGCUUCCGCCCAAGCCAACGAAACAGAACUGGAAAGUGAUUCCUCGGAAUCCCUUUAAAAAUAAGUUUCAUAUACCUUUUAGUUUUCUUCUGACAAUCUGAUGUUUUAAAAAUACGAAAUAGAAUUCCACUUUUCAUCCGUGUUAAAA